UUAAUGGGCGAAAAACGGCUAAGUGCUGCAUUUCGGUUGGAAGCUUUUAAUGCAACGGUUGUGUACGAGAUUUCUUAAACAGCGCGUAGUGCCAGUACGCAGUGAGACAAAAGGAUUUGUGCAAUAAUUAAAAUAUUUUUUUAAUUUAUUUAAAAAGGUGUUAAAAGAAUUUUUAUUACAAUGAAAUUUCUAUUGUUGCAUAUCACUUGCGCGCUACUGUACGCCAGCGCCUACGCAGCGGAUGAGCGUUCGAAAUUCAAUGUUGGCAUAAUUUUCGCCAGCAAAAAUGAUGAAACCGAAAUCGCCUUUCGCACCGCCAUCGAACGCGCCAAUGUCUUUGAGCGCAGCUUCGAAUUGGAGCCCAUUGUGGAGUAUGCCGAUACCGAUGACAGUUUCAUGGUCGAGAAAACUGUCUGCAAAUUGAUUGCGCAAGGCGUUAUUGCUAUUUUCGGCCCAAACACAGCAGGCGGCACAGAUGUAGUAACAUCCAUCUGCAAUACGCUCGAUAUACCGCAUAUAGUUUUCGACUGGACGCCUAGCGAAGCAUUAUCCAAUCGCCAACACUCAUCGAUGACACUCAAUGUACACCCGAAUAAUAUUUUACUAUCACGUGGACUGGCUGAAAUACUACAAAGCUUUAGUUGGCGCAGCUAUACGAUCAUUUACGAGACAGAACGAGAGCUCCAGCAAUUGCAGGACAUACUGCAAGUGGGUGAACCCAGCAGCAAUCCCACAAGUAUACGACAACUUAGCGAAGGUCCAGAUUUUCGACCAUUCCUGAAGAAUAUCAAAUUGUCCACGGAUAACUGUAUUGUGCUGCAUUGUUCGACAGAUAAUGUUAUGAAGAUUUUAAAUCAAGCGAAUGAAUUGAAAAUGUUGGGAGAGUAUCAGAGCGUAUUUGUCAGUGUGCUCGACACACAUACAUUGGAUUAUCAGGAACUGCUCACAGUGACCGCCAAUAUUACCACCGUACGUUUAAUGGAUCCCACCGAUUAUCAGGUUAAAAAUGUGGCGCAUGACUGGGAAGAACAUGAAAAGCGCGAGGGCCGCUAUUACCGCGCUGAUCCCUCACAAGUGAAGACAAAUAUGAUUCUAGCUAAUGAUGCUGUUACAAUGUUUGUGAAAGGUCUCGCCGAGCUUGGCAUUGCCGAAGAGCUUAAUCCACCGAAGUUGGAGUGUCGCAAAAAUCGUGCUUGGGCGCAUGGCAGACGUAUUAUAGAGUUCUUAAAAGCGCGCUCGGUAGAAGGCGCUACCGGUCGUGUUGAUUUCAACGAAUAUGGCGAGCGCAACUUUUUCACUUUACGCUUUAUGGAAUUAACUCCCGCCGGUUUUCUUGACUUGUCCACUUGGGAUCCGGUGAAUGGCGUAGAUGCGCUUGAAAAAGAGGACGCUAGUGAGAAGCGUGUGGGUGAGAAACUUUCGAAUAAAACUUUCAUAAUCACGUCGCGUAUUGGUGCACCGUUCUUAUUGAACAGAGAACCAAAAGAUGGUGAAAUACUACAGGGCAAUGCACGCUAUGAAGGCUAUUCUAUGGACUUGAUAGACGCCAUAGCUAGGCUAUUGAACUUCAAGUAUGAAUUUGUUUUAGCGCCCGAUGGCAAGUAUGGCAGUUUUAACAAAUUAACGCAAAGUUGGGAUGGUCUAGUCAAACAGUUACUAGAAGGAAACGCCGAUCUCGGUAUUUGCGAUCUCACCAUGACUUCCACACGUCGCCAGGCUGUUGACUUCACGCCACCCUUUAUGACAUUGGGUAUUAGUAUACUCUACGCUAAACCCGAACAGCCACCACCCGAUCUCUUCUCUUUCCUAUCGCCAUUUUCUUUGGAUGUUUGGGUUUAUAUGGCCACGGCAUAUUUGUGUGUUUCGCUACUGAUUUACGGUCUCUCACGCAUGGCACCUGCAGACUGGGAAAAUCCACAUCCCUGUAAGGAACCCGAAGAAGUAGAGAAUCCUUGGUGCAUGUCCAAUACGACUUGGUUAGCGGUCGGUUCCAUUAUGGGGCAAGGAUGUGAUAUAUUACCUAAAGCUGCUUCGACGCGUCUCGUUACCGGCAUGUGGUGGUUCUUUGCCUUGAUGAUGUUGAACUCUUACACAGCCAAUUUGGCCGCCUUUUUGACGAUGUCUCGGAUGGAAAGUUCAAUUGAGAGUGCUGAAGAUUUGGCGGCGCAAAGUAAAAUCAAAUAUGGCGCUUUAUUAGGUGGCAGCACAAUGGGCUUUUUCCGUGACUCCAACUUCUCCACAUACCAACGCAUGUGGACCGCAAUGGAAACGGCGCGUCCGUCGGUGUUUACAAAAAACAACGAUGAAGGCGUGGAUCGUGUACUUAAAGGCAAAGGACGUUAUGCCUUUCUAAUGGAAUCAACCACAUUGGAGUAUAUAAUCGAACGCAAUUGCGAGCUGAUGCAAGUCGGCGGUUGGUUGGAUUAUAAGACAUAUGGCAUUGCGAUGCCAUUUAACUCUCCCUACCGAAAGCAGAUUAGCGGUGCCGUAUUGAAACUCGGCGAAUCUGGCAUGCUCUCGGAGUUGAAGCGUAAAUGGUGGAAGGAGAUGCAUGGCGGUGGAUCGUGCUCGCAAACGGAGAGUAGCGGCGGUGAUACGCCUGAAUUGGAUUUGGAGAAUGUUGGUGGUGUAUUUCUGGUAUUAGGUAUUGGUCUACUUACUGCUAUACUUAUUGGCAUGUGUGAGUUUUUGUGGAACAUCAAAGCGGUGGCCAUAGAAGAGAAGAUUUCGCUCUCGGAAGCUUUCAAAGCUGAACUAAUGUUCGCGCUACGCUUUUGGAUACAAACAAAACCUGUGCACACCGCUUCUACCAGCAGUGGUGGUUCUUCCUCCUCUUCGUCUUCCAAGUCAACGAAAUCCAGCAAAUCAUCAUCCUCCUCUUCAUCCAGCGCAUCAAAACGUUCGAAACGUUCAUCGAAAUCUUAUGCCCGUUCAAUUUCGCAAAGCACAAAAAGCAUCACAAAUGCCACACACGAUCCAGAUAAGAAUGAUUUAUCUGUACACGAUAAACUACGUAAGAUCAGCUCCAUGUUUUCGUUGAAAUCGGCGCGCUCCGAACCUUCGGUCGCCAAUGUACACUUGGAGGCGCCACCGGCUUUAAAGCAUAAUUCGCAUCAAAGCCAUAAUCCCGUUAAUAAGAGUACACAUACACCGAUGGUACGAGAAGUGGCUCAACAGACUACAUUAACCACAGACGACGGCGAGGAGGAGCAAGCACCACAGCUGAAAAUUGAUGAAAUACCAAUCGUUGAACCACAUCAUCAUCACAACCACAAUCAUCAUCAUCAUCACCACCAUCAAAAACAUCACGAACAUAAUCAUCAGCAGCCAGAGGAAGAUCAUCAGCCGGCCAUACCGCUCAUCGAGCGUACUCAAAACGGUAAAGUUUCGCGGAAUGGUCACGCCGGUUUUGGCAAUGCUGAGGUUUGAUGUUUCGGUGUUUCUUUUUAAUGCGGUAUAUAUGAAUAUAUCUAGUUAAUAUAUAUCAAAUAUUAUAUAUCUACCUUUCCUGAAAUGUGACAUUUUAAUUGUUAACUCUGUUAAUAUCUGUUAAUAUGGUCCCAGUAAAUAAAUGUAUAGUUUUUCGAAAAAUGA